GAGACACAGCAAGAGAGCCUGGAGAGCCCCGUCACUGACCCAGACAUCAAACUGUAACUGGGCCACAGAUGCUGAAGGUGGGAAUAGACAAACAAGAGGUGAAGCCUGUUGGGAAUUUUUAUUUUACCAACUGGACUUUCUAUCGGAGGUGAAGACAGAGCAGUGGUUUAUACCUGUACAGUUUGUCUACUGUACCAUCUCAAUCAACCCUCCUGUCAACUCUGGACCGCCUCGCGCCUUCACAGAUAACACAGGACUGGAAUCGCUGUCAACAGAAGCCCAAGAGAAAGACCUGGAGCAUGUUUAGCGACUGAACCCAGAGCUUGGAGACAUGGAAGCCUGCCUCUUAAACUUGCUUCAGUAUGAAUGUUUCAUUCCCUUCAGUGCCUGCUCCUCUGAAUCCCUGCCAUACGCUGCACAUGGUGACGUCUGAUGUCCUGGUACCAACACAAAGCUGAACCAUGGUCAUUCUGCAGCAGGGGGACUAUGUGUGGCUGGACCUUAAAACGGGCAGAGAGUUUGACGUUCCGGUGGGAGCUGUGGUCAAACUGUGCGACUCUGGACAGAUCCAGGUUCUGGAUGACGAAGGCCGGGAGCACUGGAUUUCCCCUCAGAAUGCCACCAACAUCAAGCCCAUGCACCCCACCUCCAUCCACGGGGUGGAGGACAUGAUUCGCCUGGGAGACCUGAACGAAGCCGGCAUCCUCCGCAACCUGCUCAUCCGUUACAGUGAAUGUGUCAUCUACACGUACACUGGCUCAAUCCUGGUGGCCGUCAACCCCUACCAGCUUCUGCCCAUCUACACCCCGGACCAGAUCCGCCUCUACACCAACAAGAAGAUCGGCGAGAUGCCGCCGCACAUAUUCGCCAUUGCGGACAACUGCUACUUCAACAUGCAGAGGAACAACAAGGACCAGUGCUGCAUCAUCAGCGGCGAGUCCGGAGCUGGGAAGACGGAGAGCACGAAGCUGAUCCUGCAGUUCCUCGCCGCCAUCAGCGGGCAGCACUCCUGGAUAGAGCAGCAGGUCCUGGAGGCCACGCCCAUCCUGGAAGCCUUCGGCAACGCCAAGACCAUCCGCAACGACAACUCCAGCCGCUUUGGGAAGUACAUAGACAUCCACUUCAGCAAGCGCGGCGCCAUCGAAGGGGCCAAGAUAGAGCAGUACCUGUUGGAGAAGUCUCGAGUGUGUCGACAGGCUCCGGAUGAGAGAAAUUACCAUGUUUUCUACUGUAUGCUGAAAGGGAUGGCCCCAGAGCCCAAAGCCAAGCUGGGCCUGGGCCUGGCCACAGACUACUGCUACCUCACCAUGGGUAAUUGUACGGAGUGUGACGGUCGUGAUGACCUCAGCGAUUACUCCAGCAUCCUGUCAGCCAUGAAGGUCCUCAUGUUCACGGAAACGGAAAACUGGGAGAUUUCCAAGCUGCUGGCUGCCAUCCUGCACAUGGGCAACCUGCGAUUCGAGGCUCGCACUUACGACAACCUGGACGCCUGCGUGGUGGUCCGAUCCCCUGAUCUGGUCACUGCUGCUUCACUCAUGGAGGUGGAGCCCAAGGAUGUGAUGGUGUGUUUGACCACGCGAACCCUGAUCACACGCGGGGAAAGCGUUGCCACGCCGCUCAGCGUGGAACAAGGCCUCGACGUCAGGGACGCUUUUGUCAAGGGCAUCUACGGCAGGUUGUUUGUGUGGAUUGUGGAUAAAAUCAACGCUGCCAUAUACAGGCCGCCGUCGUGCCAGAGCAACAUCUCACGCAGAUCCAUCGGGUUGCUGGACAUUUUUGGUUUUGAGAACUUCAUCAUCAACAGCUUCGAACAGCUGUGCAUCAACUUCGCCAACGAGAACCUGCAGCAGUUCUUCGUUCGGCACGUCUUCAAGCUGGAGCAGGAGGAGUAUAACCUGGAGGACAUCAGCUGGCAGCACAUCGAGUUCACCGACAACCAGGAGGCUCUGGACAUGAUCGCCAACAAGCCCAUGAACAUCAUCUCCCUGAUCGACGAGGAGAGCAAGUUUCCCAAGGGAACUGACUCUACAAUGCUGUAUAAACUCAACUCUCAGCACAAGCUCAACUCAAACUACAUCCCUCCUAAAAACAGCUACGGAACGCAGUUCGGGAUCCAACACUUUGCUGGCGUGGUCCACUACGAGACCAGAGGCUUCCUGGAGAAAAACCGAGACAGCCUCCACACCGACAUCAUCCAGCUCGUCCACUCGUCCAAGAACAAGUUCAUCAAGCAGAUCUUCCAGGCUGACGUUGCCAUGUUUCUGUGUGGCUAUCAGCAGCCCAGCACCCCUGCUCCCAAGGGCGUGGAGACGAGGAAGCGCUCUCCCACCCUGAGCAGCCAGUUCAAGCGGUCCCUAGAGAUGCUGAUGAGGACGCUCAGCGUGUGUCAGCCGUUCUUCGUCCGCUGCAUCAAACCCAACGAGCUGAAGAAACCUAUGUUAUUUGACAGAGAGCUGUGCAUUCGUCAGCUGCGCUACUCCGGCAUGAUGGAGACCAUCCGGAUCAGGAGAGCCGGUUAUCCCAUCAGAUACACCUUUGCUGAGUUUGUGGACCGUUACAGAGUCCUCAUGCCGGGCGUCAAACCUGCACACGUACAGGAGGACCUGCGGGGGACGUGCCAGCAAAUAGUCCUGGCUCGUCUGGGGAAACACGACGACUGGCAGAUUGGAAAAACCAAGAUCUUCCUAAAGGACCAUCAUGACAUGCAGCUGGAGAUCGAGAGAGACAAGGCCAUCACCGACAAGGUCAUCCUCAUCCAGAAGGCUGUGCGGGGACACAAAGAGAGAACCAACUUCCUCAGGCUGAGGAGUGCCGUGACCUUCAUCCAGAAGGUGUGGAGAGGUUAUCGCUGCAGGAGAAAUUACCAAAUUAUGCAGUCCGGCUUCCUGCGCCUUCAGGCCGUCUACCGGUCGAGGAAGGACUACAGGAGCUACCGCAGGGCGCGGCUCCGCGUCACCCUCCUGCAGGCGCGCUGCCGCGGCUUCCUGCUCCGGCAGACUUUCUGCCGCCGCCUGCGCGCCGUGUUGACCAUCCAGGCCUACACCAGGGGCAUGAUAGCCAGGCGCCUCUGUCAGAGGCUGAGGGCCGAGCUGCGGCAUCGCCUGGAGGCCGAGCGCCAGCGCCUGGCCGAGGAGGAGCAGCUGCGCAACCAGAUGACGGCGCGGCGGGCCAAGGCGGAGGCCGAGAGGAAGCACCGGGAGCGGCUGGUCCAAAUGGCCCAGCAGCAGGAGGAGCGGGAGCGGGGGGAGAAGGAGGAGGCCAGGAGGAAGAAGGAGCUGCUGGAGCAGAUGGAGAGGGACAAGGAGCAGCCCGUGGACCACUCGGACAUGGUGGACCGCGUGUUUGGGUUCCUGGGGAACGCCGGGCCGCUGCCCAACCAGGACGGACAGGCGCCAGCUGGGUUCGAGGACUUAGAGAACACUCCUCGCGGUGAGGAAGCUGAGGAGGAGGUCCUGAACGAAGCUCUGCCGCUGCCUGACGAGGAAGACGAGGACUUGUCCGAAUACAAGUUCUCCAAGUUUGCCGCCACGUAUUUUCAGGGCGUUUCCACUCACACCUACAUCCGACGACCGCUGAAGCAGCCUCUGCUUUUUCAUGAGGAUGAGGGAGACCAGCUGGCCGCAUUGGCUGUGUGGAUCACGGUGUUAAGAUUCAUGGGAGACCUCCCUGAGCCCAAGUGCCAGCUGGUCAUUAAUGACGGCAGCGAAAAGAUCCCGGUCAUGACCAAAAUCUACGAAACCCUCGGCAAGAGGACCUACAAAAGGGAGCUGCAGGAGCUACAGGUGGAAGGAGAGAACAGCUCCAUAGACGGCCAGAAGAGGAACAGCGUCAGGCACAAACUUGUGUCCCUCACGCUGAAGAGGAAGUCCAAGAUCACAGAGGAGGUCACCAGGCGGCUGACGGACGGAGACUACGGCCUCCAGGGCAACAGCAUGCUGGAGGAGCGCCCCACGUCCAACCUGGAGAAGCUGCACUUCAUCAUCGGCAACGGCAUCCUGCGGCCGGCCCUCAGGGACGAGGUCUACUGUCAGAUCUGCAAGCAGCUCACCCAGAAUCCCUCCAAGAGCAGCCACGCGCGCGGGUGGAUCCUGCUGUCGCUGUGCGUCGGCUGCUUCGCUCCCUCCGAGAAGUUUGUCAAAUACUUACGGACAUUUUUGAACAACGGCCCUCCGGGUUAUGCUCCAUAUUGUGAGGAAAGGUUGAGGAGGACGUUUGCCAAUCGUACACGGACGCAGCCGCCAUCUUGGUUGGAAUUGCAGGCUACGAAAUCCAAGAAGCCCAUCAUGCUGCCGGUAACGUUCAUGGACGGUACCACCAAGACCCUGCUGGCGGACUCGGCCACCACCGCCAGCGAGCUGUGCAACGCUCUGGCCGACAAGAUCAACCUGAGGGAUCAGUUCGGCUUCUCGCUGUACAUCGCCCUGUUUGACAAGGUGUCGUCUCUGGGGAGCGGCAGCGACCACGUCAUGGACGCGGUGUCCCAGUGUGAGCAGUACGCGAAGGAGCAGGGCGCCCAGGAGAGGAACGCCCCCUGGAGGCUGUUCUUCAGGAAGGAGAUCUUCACGCCGUGGCACAACCCCGCGGAGGACCACGUCUCCACAAACCUCAUCUACCAGCAGAUCGUGCGGGGGGUGAAGUUUGGAGAGUAUCGCUGCGAGAGGGAGGAGGACCUGGCAGAGCUGGCCUCCCAGCAGUACUAUGUGGAUUACGGCUCUGAGAUGCUCCAGGAUCGCCUGCUCAGCCUCAUCCCCUCCUACAUCCCAGACAGAGAAAUCACCUCCACAAAGACUGCGGAGAAGUGGGUUCAGCUGAUCAUCAGCAGCCACAAAAAGGGAUUACAAACAAAGAGGAGGCUGAACACACAGAGGGUGAAGGAGGAUGUGGUGGAUUUCGCUCGCUUAAAGUGGCCUUUACUCUUUUCCCGUUUUUAUGAGGCCUUCAAGUUCUCAGGGCCCAGUCUGCCCAAGAACGACGUGAUCGUGGCAGUGAACUGGACCGGGGUUUACUUUGUGGAUGAGCAGGAGCAGGUCCUUCUGGAACUCUCUUUCCCAGAGAUCACUGCUGUGUCCAGUAGCAGGGGGGGUAAACUUCAGGGCCAGAGUUUUACCUUGGCCACCAUCAAGGGAGACGAAUACACGUUCACGUCCAACAAUGCAGAGGACAUCCGCGACCUGGUGGUCAACUUCCUUGAAGGUCUGAGGAAGAGGUCGAAGUACGUGGUGGGACUGCUGGACUGUCCCAACCCUGUGGGGGCGGACUCCACAUUCCUGAGCUUCUCAAAAGGGGAUCUGAUCAUCCUGGAUGAGCACGACGGCGAGCACGUAAUGAACUCCGGCUGGGCUCACGGCAUCAACGACAGGACCAAGCUGAGAGGGAACUUCCCUGCUGACUGUGUCUACGUGCUGCCCACCGUCACCCGACCCCAGUAUGACCUGGUGGCUCUGGUGACCAUGACGCCGGAUCAGCGGCGCGAAUCCAUCGGUUUGUCACACAUGAACCUUUCAGACGAGGACAAAACGAAGGCCUACACGCUAGAGGAGUUCUCCUACGACUACUUCAGGGCUCCACCGAAGAGCACACUGAGUCGGGUAAUGAUCUCUAAGGCCCGAGGCAAAGAGCGUCUGUGGAGCUGCACCCGGGAGCCUCUCAAACAGCCUCUGCUCAAGAAAGUCCUGGCUCAUGAAGAGCUCGCUCAGGAGGCCUGUCUGGCCUUCAUCGCUGUGAUGAAGUAUAUGGGCGACUAUCCGUCCAAGCGCCUUCGCUCUGUCAUCGAACUCACUGAUCAGAUCUUUGAAGGAGCUCUGAAGGCCGAGCCGCUCAAGGACGAGAUCUUCUGUCAGAUUCUCAAACAGCUGACGGACAAUCACAUCAAGUACAGUGAGGAGAAGGGCUGGGAGCUGCUGUGGCUCUGCACUGGUUUGUUUCCUCCCAGUAACAUCCUGCUGCCUCACGUCCAGAAGUUCCUCCAGGCCAAGAAGCAUUAUCCACUGGCACCAGACUGCAUGCAGCGGCUACAAAAGGCCUUAAGAAAUGGAUCCAGGAAGUACCCUCCUCACCUGGUGGAGGUGGAGGCCAUCCAGCACAAGACCACGCAGAUCUUCCACAAAGUUUACUUCCCUGAUGACGCGGACGAGGUGUUCGAGGUGGAGUCAAGCACCAAAGCCAAAGAUUUCUGCUACAACAUCUCCGGCCGCCUUAUGCUCAAGUCCUCUGAGGGCUUCAGUCUGUUCGUCAAGAUCACCGACAAGGUUAUCAGCGUGCCUGACGGCGACUUCUUCUUCGACUUUGUGAGACACCUGACAGACUGGAUUAAAAAAGCCAGACACGUAAAAGACGGUGUAGUGCCUUCACUGACCUAUCAGGUGUUUUUCAUGAAGAAACUGUGGACAAACACUGUGCCAGGAAAAGAUUCCAUGGCCGACUCCAUCUUCCACUAUUACCAAGAGCUGCCAAAGUAUCUACGAGGCUACCACAAGUGUUCGAAGGAGGAGGUGCAUCAGUUGGCGGCACUGAUCUACAGGGUGAAAUUUGAAGACGACAAAUCCCAUUUUCACAACAUUUCCAAGAUCCUGAAAGACUUAGUCCCUCAGGAUCAGAUCCGACACCUGUCCACAGACGACUGGAAGAGGUCCAUCAUUUCGCUGUUCAACAAACACUCAGGGAAGAGUCGUGAAGAUGCGAAGCUUUCCUUCCUCAAAAUCAUUUACAAGUGGCCCACGUUCGGUUCGGCCUUCUUUGAAGUAAAGCAAACAACUGAUCCAAAUUACCCAGAAACCCUCCUGAUAGCAAUCAACAAGCACGGGGUGAGCCUGAUAGAUCCCAAGUCUAAGGACAUCCUCACCACUCACCCCUUCACCAAAAUCUCCAACUGGAGCAGCGGUAACACGUAUUUCCACAUCACUAUUGGAAACCUGGUCCGAGGCAGCAAACUGCUGUGCGAGACCUCCCUGGGCUACAAAAUGGACGACCUCCUUACUUCGUACAUCAGCCAGAUGCUGACGACCAUGACCAAGCAGCGGACCUCCAGGGGAAACAACAAGUGAGAAGCCAUGUGGUGAUCACCGUCCAUCACCCACACACAGCAUGAAACCACAAACCAACACUACUGUGAAUGGUCCCAGCACACGAUCAUUGAUGACUGACAGUUACCUGAGACACUGUGACGCCAAUGUUUUCAUUUGCUAUGCAUCAGCCCCGUCUUAAAACUCACCUGUUGCCUUUAAAUGAAACCUUUCCCACAUAGCACACGUAACACGGAUCAGUCUCCUUUAUGAAAUUGUAACUCUCGGUGUUAAAUCUUACAAACCUCUGUUAUUACGCUUGAGACACAUUAAAGGCCACAAUGUUUCCUGUGUGUUAGAAUUUGGUUGGUACUUAUAUUUAUAAACAUAGUGAUGGUAAAUGUGUUUUAAUCUCAGCAGGGUUAGAAGGUUAGAUGAAAACUGGGCUCUUUUAGCUGGUGCUGUGAACAAAACCAUCGCCACGCUUUAUUACUGUGUCGUAAUAAGUGAGCAAAUCCCAACUCUUAGUAAAAGAGGAUUCAAAGUAUAAGCCCUGACCAAAGUCCCACAUUUAACGCUCUCCUCUUGUAGUUUCUUUGAAAUGCAUUUGUGAUUCAUGCUCAGGUGUUCUGCGUUGACCAGAAAAGCGUUGAAUAGUAACUUGUGUUUUAGACGAAAUAUGUAGAUAAUGUGAACGACACCAAAGCUAACUCAAAAAUUCUCUCCUUCUCUUACAUUUGAUGGUUUUGUUUUUAGUCUCUCCCUCAGUUUGCCAAUUUGUAGACAAACCUCGCCACAAUAAGAGCAAUCUCCCAUGUUGUGAGUUAAUAAACUAGCUGCCCUGUGGAGUUUUAUUUCGUGGUUAUGUAUGUGCCACAAAGUUCAAACACCUAGUGUUUUUUUAGUGUCCACGCAUACACGUACUGUAGGCUGUGAAUGAUCUCAUGCUCAUUACUCGUUUUUUCCAAGCGUAUGAGCUGUUAGUAUCCGUUUUUGAACUGAUAAUCAUUUUUCAUUGUUUGUUUAUUAAGGAGGAACCGUUUCAUCCAUGAUGUGAUUAACAGAUAUUCUGUUGUAGACAUGAAUAAACGAUGUUUUCCAAAGAGAA